GCCGCGCGCCUGUCCCCCUCGCGCCCCCACGCGCGCCUGGCUGCGGGCUCUCCUCCGCGUGCCCGAAAGGGGAUAUGCCAUUUGGACAUGUAAUUGUCAGCACGGGAUCUGAGACGUCCAAAAAAUGAAGCUGGCUACAGGACUGUGGGUCUGGGGGAGCCUUCUCGUGGCGGCGGGGACCGUCCAGCCCAGCGCUUCUCAGUCAGUGUGUGCAGGAACAGAGAAUAAGCUGAGCUCUCUCUCUGACCUGGAGCAGCAGUAUCGAGCCUUGCGCAAAUACUAUGAGAACUGUGAGGUAGUCAUGGGCAACCUGGAGAUAACCAGCAUCGAGCACAACCGGGACCUCUCCUUUCUGCGGUCUAUUCGAGAAGUCACAGGCUAUGUGUUAGUGGCUCUUAACCAGUUUCGUUACCUGCCUCUGGAGAAUUUGCGCAUCAUUCGUGGGACAAAACUUUAUGAGGAUCGAUACGCCUUGGCAAUAUUUUUAAACUACAGAAAAGAUGGAAACUUUGGACUUCAAGAACUUGGAUUGAAGAAUUUGACAGAAAUCCUAAAUGGUGGCGUCUAUGUGGACCAGAACAAGUUCCUUUGUUACACAGACACAAUUCAUUGGCAAGAUAUUGUGCGGAAUCCAUGGCCUUCCAACUUGACUCUGGUGUCAACAAAUGGUAGCUCAGGAUGUGGACGUUGCCAUAAGUCCUGUACUGGCCGAUGCUGGGGACCCACGGAGAAUCAUUGCCAGACUUUGACGAGGACUGUGUGUGCAGAACAAUGUGAUGGCAGGUGCUAUGGACCCUACGUCAGUGACUGCUGUCAUCGAGAAUGUGCUGGUGGCUGCUCAGGACCCAAGGACACUGACUGCUUUGCCUGCAUGAAUUUCAAUGACAGUGGAGCGUGUGUUACUCAGUGUCCCCAAACUUUUGUCUACAAUCCAACCACCUUUCAAUUGGAGCAUAACUUCAAUGCAAAGUACACCUAUGGAGCAUUUUGUGUCAAGAAAUGCCCUCAUAACUUUGUGGUCGAUUCCAGCUCUUGUGUGCGUGCCUGCCCUAGUUCCAAGAUGGAAGUAGAAGAAAACGGGAUUAAAAUGUGUAAACCUUGCACUGAUAUUUGUCCAAAAGCUUGUGACGGCAUUGGCACAGGAUCGUUGAUGUCAGCUCAGACCGUGGAUUCCAGUAAUAUUGACAAAUUCGUAAACUGCACCAAAAUCAAUGGGAAUUUGAUCUUCCUUGUCACUGGUAUUCAUGGGGACCCUUACAAUGCAAUCGAAGCCAUAGACCCAGAGAAACUGAAUGUCUUUCGGACAGUCCGAGAGAUAACAGGUUUCUUGAACAUACAAUCGUGGCCCCCAAACAUGACCGACUUCAGUGUUUUUUCUAACCUGGUGACCAUUGGUGGACGAGUACUCUAUAGGUAUGUGUAUGUGUUCAAAGCUGCAGGUCUCCCAGAUUUCAGGAGUAGCACCAUGUUGAUCCGGGACAACAGGAAAGCCGAGAACUGUACUGCUGAAGGAAUGGUAUGCAACCAUCUGUGCUCAAAGGAUGGCUGCUGGGGACCUGGGCCAGACCAGUGCCUGUCUUGCCGUCGCUUCAGCAGGGGAAGGACCUGCAUAGAGUCCUGUAACCUCUAUGAUGGUGAAUUUCGGGAGUUUGAGAAUGGCUCCAUCUGUGUGGAGUGUGACCCCCAGUGCGAGAAGAUGGAAGAUGGCAUGCUCACGUGCCAUGGACCGGGACCUGACAACUGUACAAAGUGCUCCCACUUCAAGGAUGGCCCAAACUGUGUGGAAAAAUGUCCAGACGGCCUACAAGGAGCAAACAGUUUCAUUUUCAAGUAUGCUGAUAAGGAUCGGGAGUGUCAUCCGUGCCACCCAAACUGCACCCAAGGGUGCAUAGGCUCAAGUAUUGAAGACUGCAUCGGCCUGAUGGAUAGGUACUUGGUGUGCUUGCUUCCUAUGUUCUUCCUCCGAGGCUCCACGUGUGAGCACUGGUGCAUGUGUGUGCAUGCCACUGUGAAUGGAGAAUGAUGUUUUCUGUUCUGUAAUUGCCUGCAGGUGUAGCGGCCCCACUAGUCAUGACUGCAUUUACUACCCCUGGACGGGCCAUUCCACUUUACCACAACACGCUAGGUAACAUCUACCAUGUUUCCAUUUUGUCACUCAAAUCCUUCCCCAAUUAUCAUGGAUAAAAAGUACUAACCAGUGGAUGAAAUUUAUGAUAUGUUAAAUUAGGGAGUUAUGAAAGAGGCAUAUAACACUACCUUUCAAGCCACGUUUCCUACCU